CUAUCAGUCGACAAAAGAGCCAGCUUUAUUGAAAAACCUCACCUUGUGUCGCUGUCAAAUUAGCUUGACUCAAACUGGCUGGCUCUUCACUCUGUGCAGCGAGACGGCUGUCCUCUUAACUUGUUCUGCAAAGACACCAUGGAAACUGCACUCCAGUUGAAUAUUCGACACCUAUGUCUUGAUGAACCAUGGAAUUUUCUUCUCUUGUUCGGAUGGGAUUCAGCAGUAUUUUUUGGAUGGUUACAAAAUACAGCAGUGUCUGGUGACAAGCUUAAAGAGUUGUGUUUUGCUGGACAAUGCAGCGUCGUUUAGACGAGCAGCAGCAACAAAGGCCUCCUAAUCCAAGUGAAUCGUAUUCUGGUUUGGUUCAAACCAGUCAAAGAUUUGAACCUGUUAAUAACAUGCCCUCUGGGUUACAGUACUCUGUGCAAAAUUACCCGGUGAACCCGAGUAACCAUCACACACCACAUCAUAGUCACCAUGGAGUACAACAGACAGGACAUCUCUCAGCCAAUGUACCCCCGAGCCAACAACAGGCACAUGGUAACACCCCAAUACAGGGGCAACAGCAGCAGCAACAACAGCAGCAGCAGCAACAGCAGCAGUUCCAACGGCUCAAGGUUGAGGAUGCUUUAUCCUACUUGGACCAAGUUAAAUUACAAUUUGGUACUCAACCACAGGUCUACAACGACUUCUUGGACAUCAUGAAAGAAUUUAAAUCUCAAACCAUUGAUACUCCUGGAGUGAUCAACCGAGUAUCAAACUUGUUCAAGGGGCAUCCGGAGUUAAUAGUUGGUUUUAAUACAUUUCUUCCUCCUGGCUACAAGAUAGAGGUGCAAGCAAAUGAAAUAAAUGUCACUCAACCGAACCAGCAAGUUGUUUCCAUUACCAACAGUGCUCUACCAACAUCAACCCCAGGGCCAGGAUAUACAAAAAAUUUGACCAAUAAUGUCCCUGGUUCUUCUCCAAAUGGCUGUGCUACAAGUCAGCAUUCUCAGAACCAAUCUUCAAGAGUCGGUGCAGACAUGCCGACCACCAACCAGCACAGUAACCCUCAAGGUCAACCAACAAGUCAGCCAGUAGAGUUUAACCAUGCCAUUAACUAUGUUAAUAAAAUCAAGAAUAGAUUCCAAGGCCAGCCUGAAGUCUACAAAGCUUUCUUGGAGAUCUUGCACACCUACCAGAAGGAACAAAGAAAUUUGAAGGAAAUUCAGGGUAUCAAUCAACCUGGCUGUAAACCUCUCACUGAAGCGGAAGUCUACUCCCAGGUGGCUAGAUUAUUCCACAAUCAGGAAGACCUUCUCAAGGAGUUUGGUCAGUUUCUUCCAGAUGCCAAUGGUUCUUCAUAUAUAAACUGUUCGUCUUCGCCUCAGCAAAGUGAUUCUCCUUUGAGUGUACGGAAUGAUCGGACCUCUAGUGUUAAAAAACCUGGAAUAAAUAACAAAACUCAGAAUAAUAAAAGCAGUUGCCAGUUAAGACGUCCUCCAGCCAAUCAACAGCCUCCAGCUAAGAAAUUAAAACCUAGCAGUUUAAAAGAUGUUUCAUUAGCUGAAGCUGGAAAAUACGGCACGCUAAAUGAGUUUGCCUUUUUUGAUAAGGUGCGAAAGAUCUUGAAAAAUACUGAUGUCUAUGAGAACUUCCUACGCUGUUUGGUACUAUUCAACCAAGAAGUACUUUCUAGAGCAGAGUUGGUUCAGAUGGUGCAGACAUUUUUGGGGAGGCAUCCUGAGCUGAAUAAAUGGUUCAAAGACUUUCUUGGUUAUAAAGAAUCUGGUAGCAACGUCGACCCUGUUCCACACUCGGCGACUGGUAAAGAGAGAAUUAGUGGCGACUUAGCCAUGGAAAUAGAUUUUUCAACGUGUAAAAAGUUUGGUGUCAGUUAUCGUGCACUUCCUUCAUCGUAUCCACAACCCAAAUGUUCGGGAAGAACUCCAUUAUGCAAAGAAGUCCUCAAUGAUACCUGGGUCUCAUUCCCAUCAUGGUCGGAAGACUCCACAUUUGUCACGUCUAGAAAAACUCAGUAUGAAGAACAUGUCUAUCGAUGUGAGGAUGAGCGAUUUGAGUUAGAUGUUGUCAUUGAAACCAAUUCUGCAGUCAUCAAAGUGCUUGAGACUGUACAAAAAAAAUUAUCCAGGAUGAGUCCUGAAGAAGCGGCUAAGUUUAGGUUAGACAACUGUUUAGGUGGAACAUCUGAAGUUUUACACAGAAAAGCCAUUCAUCGGUUAUAUGGAGAUAAGGCCCCUGAUAUAAUUGAUGGUUUAAAGAAAAAUCCCUGUGUGGCUGUUCCAUUGGUUCUAAGAAGGUUAAAAGCAAAGGAAGAAGAAUGGCGGGAAAAUCAGAAACAGUUUAAUAAACUGUGGCGUGAGCAGAAUGAAAAAUUCUAUUUAAAAUCUUUAGAUCAUAUGGGCAUCAACUUUAAGCAAAAUGACGUGAAGGCAAUUCGAUCGAAAGCUCUACUUAAUGAAAUAGAAACUCUUUAUGAUGAGCAAGCAGAACAAUCGGAACGUAAAGAUAACUUCACCCCUGGGCCUCACAUUUCCUUUGUAUACAAAGACAGGUCAACAAUUGAUGAUGCUACAUCUCUUAUAGUACAUCACAUGAAACGCCAAGCAAGUAUUUCCAAAGAUGACAAGCAGCGAAUCAAGCAAUUGCUGUAUCACUUCAUUCCAGACUUGUUUUUCCUGCCUCGAGGUGAACUGAGUGAUGAUGAACAAGAUAAAGAUGAUGACAUGGAUGUAGAUGAUGUUGACAAACCUGAGAAAGAUGGUGGUGGCAGCAGUAGCAGCAAUGUCUUAACAUCUUCCACUAAUAACAACCAUAAUUCAGAAGUGAAUUCUGAAAAAGAUAAAAAAUGUAUAGAAGUGACUCUUGAAAAGCCAUUAUUAAAUGGAAACUAUGAUGCUAUCCCACAAGUUGAAGAUCAAGACUUGUAUUCCUUGUUUUUUGUCAACAACAAUUGGUACCUCUUCUUCCGGCUUCACCAAUUAUUAUGUGAUCGGUUGUGCCAAAUCUACACUCAAGCUGUGAAAAUUGCAGAGGAAGAAGCUGAUGCAAAGAAGAAGGGUCGCAAGGAAUCUACAGCCAUAGCCCUCCGUCUCCGAGCUCAAAAUGUAAUAGAGCCAGAUGAAUAUUACCCGUACUUUUUGGAAAUGGUGAAGAAUUUGCUGGAUGGUAACCUGGAGUCUAGUCAUUACGAGGACCAACUGAGAGAGAUGUUUGGGAUUCAUGCCUAUGUUGCCUUUACAAUGGACAAGCUGGUGCAAAAUUUGGUCAGACAGCUUGCCCAUUUCACUAGUGAUGACACCUGUUCACACAUCUAUAGAAUCUACCAUGAAGAGGCAAAGAAUAAUGCUGUUGGUGGCCGAGUUGCCACUAGUCAUCAGAGAAUUCAAGCUGAAAGUCUGUAUCAGAAACGGGUAGAAAGUCUGCUUAGUGAUGAGAACUGCUUUAAGAUAAUGAUUUUUAAGAGAGAUUAUCGGCUUACCAUUGAGCUUCUGGAUACAGAACAGCAUGAGCAAUCUGAUGAUGGCACUGAGGAUCCAACCAGUGCAACUAAGUGGGCUAACUAUAUUGAGAGUUACACGGCAGACUCUGCCCUGCCCAUUGAUGUUCAGGAGAGCCUCACAAAAAAGGCGGUCUUUCUCCCGAGGAACCUGAGACUUCGUAAUUUACUGAAGGAUUCCCUCGGAAAAGACUGUGAUCGUGACAGUGGCGCUGCCUAUCAUAAGCAGUUACAUAAUGACAUGGACAUUAUCGACAACACUGAAUGCAAGUUCAAUGUGAACUCAUUUAAAAUGGUUUAUGUGGUGAACAGCGAGAGUUAUUUGUACAAAAAGCUCUCGUUGAAACAUGCAAGGGAGUCCCACAAAAGAGUGUCGUUAAGGCUACACAAAAAGUUUGACAAGUGGGUUAACGAUUGGCGUAAAGAUCACGUGACAAAUGACCAGGAGUUGGCUUGUAUGCAGUGGAUGACGGGUAAAACGGAGGGCAUUCGGCCAUCGAAGACAACUAUUGAGAAAAUAUUUCCGGACUGUGCCCCUUAUUAUUGCUACAAUAAGUACAAGGUGGAAUUUUCUGACCAUCCACAGAGACCAUCCCAUGCCGACUGAGGUUGAGUGAGUGAGUGAAUGGCUCAAGUGAGUGAGACUGAAUCACAUCAGAUUGAUUGUGUUGAAUGUGUUUGUGUGAUAGUUUGGAUUGUUUGUUUUUCUUUUUUAUUUCUUUGUAUUUUUUUUUUAAUGAGUGAAGGAGAGACAGAUGUGAAUGUGGGUGGGUGGAUGCGCUUGCGUGCGUGUGUGUGUGUGUGUGUGAGUGACUACUAUCACUACUACUUGUAUUAUUACCACCACAACCACCACCACUAUACUAUUACUACUACUACUACUACAACCACCUAGCUCAGUUGUCUAGUCACUGAGCUCAUCAGAACUGCUCUUGCGCUACCGUACCCACAUGAGGCAACUCUGCCUGUGUAUGUUAGCUGCUGCUGCCAAGAAUGUCGACACCAUGGCUAAUCUUUUGAUCAGACUUGCUGCAUUCAAGGCUGUUGUAUAAAGAAAGUAAGAAGAAAAAAACAAUCACCAGCCAUGUUUGUUAAUUUUUUUCUUUUUUUUUUUUUCUUGGGAGCUAGAAUUGAAACCCUGCCCUCAGUCAUCAAACUCAACAUUGUAGACCAUAUUUUGUUCUCAGAAUAAAUCACAGAUGUCUCCAAGCAACGUUAUCCUGUUGUUUUAGAUGUCAGCUUCAAUCCAAAA